AUAAUUAUUAUGUAUAGUUUUAUUUUUCGCCAGCCACAUUCUUUAUCCACACACUACAAAAGAUACCUUGCUCUAUGCUCCCUCGGAAAAAGUGUUUCUCUCUCCUCUCUCUCUCUCUCUCUCUCUCUCUCAAUAUCAUUUUCGCCUUUCAGCUUUUUUUCCCGCUCUCUAACCUUCUUUCUGGAUGAAGGGUUGUCAGUUUAAUUACCUUAUUCUUUUUCAAUUAAUAUCCUGAUGGUGUUUCCGGCAAAGUGAAGAAGAAGAAGAACCAGUACCACCGAUGAAUAAAAGAGCUGCCAUUAUUAACAUUACCUCCAACAAAGCCCCUUUGCAUCCUCAAUAUGGGAAGAAGAUGGAAUUGCAGGGGCACAAAUCACAACCACCUCCGCACAGUAAUAAUAACAAGCGCCGUUCAACACGAGAAAGAAAAUUGGCCUUGCUCCAAGAUGUUGAUAACCUAAAGAAGAAGCUGAAAUACGAAGAAAAUGUGCACAGAGCUCUGGAAAGAGCUUUCACCAGACCCUUGGGUGCCCUACCUCGUCUUCCUUCUUAUCUCCCUCAAUAUACACUUGAGCUUCUAGCAGAAGUGGCUGUAUUGGAGGAGGAGGUAAUUAGGCUUGAAGAACAGAUUGUGAUAUUCAGACAAGGUUUAUAUAAAGAAGCUGUAUCUAUAUCCUCCACAAAGAGUUCCGAAAAUUCGACACCCUCGAAAAAAACCGAGGUUUCGAAUACGAAUCAUCCCAAACAUAGGCACUCGAAAUCAUCAUCGCAAAUCAAUCUCAAUUUUGGAUCCUUCGAUCCGCAACCUUCGCCUUCUCUCUCUAGAAUUGCUUCUCUCUCAUCGGACGUAUCGAAAUCGAGGCCGCAGCCGAAUCCCACGAAGAUCCAGUGUAGGAAUGUAGAGCAAGCACAAGAGAGUUCGUUCGGUUCUUGUGAUGUCGAUGUCGAGAGUGAGGCGAAUAAAUUGUCUGAAGAUAUUUUAAAGUGCUUGAUCAACAUCUUUGUAAGAUUGAGCCCAUCGAAAGCGAAGACGAUGGAUUUGGAAUAUUCCUUUUGUUCUUCUUUGGCAGCAAAAUCAUCCAACGAGGAUUCCGAUUUUCGUGAUCCUUAUUGCAAUUUUACAGAGUACAAGAGGAGGGAAAUCGGGCCGUAUAAACAUCUUUACGUAAUAGAAUCACGAUCUGUCGAUCUCAGCCGAAGAAAAAACGCCUCGUUCUUGAUCCGUAGACUUAAGAUUCUACUAGACAAGCUAGCAAAUGUUGGAUUAGAUGGUCUAAUAAGCCAUCAGCAGAAGCUUGCAUUCUGGAUAAACAUCUACAACUCUUGUAUCAUGAAUGCAUUUUUGGAGCAUGGAAUAUCCGACGAAAGUUCGGAUGCGAUCAUGGUGCAAAUGCAGAAGGCGGCAAUAAAAGUUGGGGGGCAUGUGCUAAAUGCACUUAUGAUCGAACACCUUAUCUUGAGACUUCCGUAUCACUUGAAAUAUACUUGCUCGAAACCAGCAAAGAACGAUGAAAAGACGAAAGGGCUUGGUCUUGAAUGGUGCGAACCACUCGUCACGUUUGCCCUAUCCUGUGGAAGCUGGUCCUCCCCUGCUGUGAGGAUAUACACGGCAUCUCAAAUCGAAACGGAAUUGGAAACGGCGAAACGGGACUAUUUACAAGCAGCGGUUGCCAUCUCAGCAUCAAAUAAGUUAGUUAUUCCAAAGAUAUUGGAUUGGUACCUUCUCGAUUUUGCAAAGGACUUGGACGGGUUGGUCGAUUGGAUUUGCAUGCAGCUACCGAACGAGCAAAGAAACGAAGCACUCAAAUGCCUCGAGACGAAAGGGAAACAACCUUUGUCGAAAUUAGUACAAGUGAUGCCGUACAAUUUUAGUUUCAGAUACCUUGUGCAUCGAUGAUUAAUAAGAAAAGGGAAAAUAAAAAUAAAAAUAAAAAUACGAGGUGUUUUUUUUUUUUUUUUUUUUUUUUUGGCAUUUGAACAUUGAUAAAUGCAGAGUUGUAUACCUAGUAUAGAUUAUGAAGAGUGUUCAAUCUGGGUCCAACCGGGUUUUUGAUUUUUAAUUAUUUAUAGUUAUAAAAUAACUAUGUGAAAAAUA